AUGGCGAACAACACUUCAUUCACGCCUUCUGCAGCAGUUCGAACCGGGUCCGGAUGUAACUUCCGUCUCUUCAACGACACGGAAAUAUGGCUGCAGGUGACUUCUUACCUGCUGAUUAUUCUUUUCUCCAGCUUUGGAAAUACGGUCAUCAUAAGCAUUGUAAAGAAAAAUCCACGCAUGCGCAGCCCCAUCAAUUACUUUAUUGUCAACCUUUGUUUGGCCAACCUAAUGAUCAUGCUAAUGAACGUCGUACCAUACGUCGUAGGAAGAAUUUCCCCUCAUAAGGGUUAUGGAAUCAGUGGUAGGUACUUACAAAAUAGACAGCAAUUUUCCAUGGUCUAUUUAAUCCUUAAACCCUAAUAUGCAGAUACAAAUUCUCCACACUAGUCUCCGUACAUUACUUUAAAGAAUUAGCUGAUAUUAAGAAUUUGAUAACAGAGCAAAGUAUUUCUCCUUUGGGCGUCAUUUUUAUUUAUUUUCACAACCUUUUCUCUUGAUGAUAUAUUGAUAGUGGUAAAAGAAAGUAGAUGUUUGUCACUCUUUGGACUUAACUGAACGGUUAACAAAUAUAAUCGUUCCUCGUUGACAAAAUUGUCACAAAACGCAUAAACAGGAGGAAAUCUUCACAGCAGUUGCCAUCGUAUGUCAUCGCUACGAGAGACUGGCAGUUUGCGGAAAAUGUUUUUCGUGAAUUUUUUGCUUUGAGCAAGUGAGUACGUUGAAUAACUUUUCGGAGAAACUCUAUACAAGUAAGAUAAAGCGGAGACUAACGAAGCAGAGAUGAAAAGUAACGUUUGUAGCUUGAAAAAUGCCUAAACUGAUCUAAACUAAAAUCCUCGAACAGCUAGUCAAGCGGUAGGAGGCAAGUUAAUGUAGUUUUUUCUUCUCACUGUGAGAAACAAAUAGAUUUCAUGUUGCUGUGGGUCUGUUCAGUAAUAGAUCACGGAAAACGUCAAAAUGUGGUGUAAACGUCAGACUGAGUGACACACUCGCCUGAAGCUCGUGUGCCACUUCGUUGUUUAAUCACGUUUUACGUCAUCUGUGAUCGAUUACGGCGACGGUGACGGCAACGUCAAAAAGCAAUCGGUCUAGUUAGCAAAACAACAACUCUGCACGUGCAUCACGCUCGUUUGUACAUUUCGUUGCUACCCUUGUGCGACUACGACGUGAAAUGACCAAGUUUUAAGUUUUUUCGAGGACGGGAAAGGCAAUGCGAUAAAUUCUAACAUCUCUGUCUGAACUCGGGUGCGGCCCCCUCUCUUCAGCUCCAGCUUCAGCUUCUUUCAAGUAAUUGGGCGAAUUGGAAUAAUCGCGAAAUGGUUUGAAAGGAUGCGGAGGCUAUUUUUUAGUGAGCUUUUCAUGGACGUUGCCGUUGUCGGAUUGUAAGGUCCCCAUGACACGCACAGCAACAAGGAAUAUAUCUGUUAAACAGUACCCUGGUCCCAGAGGUUUUUCUUGAUUUUUCUUCGCGAAAGAGAUCAACAGCAAGCCGCGAAGCGGCGAAAACAAGCCGUGUGAGCGACGAGGAGAGAGAGAAAAACCUCUGGUUACCUUGGCCUCGAAUCUCACUUUCAUGCAGACGACAGCUGUCAAACGCGUCAAAUUGCUAAUAAAAAGAGUGACCAAUGGCAACUUAGCAAACACGUGCUUAUCAGCCGCUAUUUUUUUAAGUGGGGGUAGACCUGGGGAAAUUAUGUUAUGAACAAACCAUCUCCACUUGGGUGGUAAAGAGUGAUUUGUUAAUCGGGGUCAAGCUAAAGCAUGUGUUAACGAUGGGCGACAAGAGUCCAGGGAUAAGAAGACCACUUUAUAAAAGAAACCGACAUUGUUCCAAACGACUGCUGCAGGAUUUGAGGAAUUUAUUUGGGUAUAAUAACAACGAUUUUUCACAAACAUUGUCAUCUGUUCUGUCGGCAGUGUGCCAGCGGGAAGUUGUAAAGUUUGCAAGAGUCUAUCAAUCGCGCUUAUUACAUUGUUUACUUCUGCGGGACGCGCCGUUCGCGUCGAUUCGCGGGCAUUCCCCUGAAAAUAGUAUUAUUAAUAUGUAUUCGGGCAAUCUGGCUCCAUUUCCUUUUUUUGUGGAACAACGACGCUAGGAAGAGUCAUGCAGCACAACAUACCCUUAAGGUUCGGAAUGUACUUUCAGAGGUUUUUGUUGACCCAAUAGAUCUAUUCGGCUAACUCAAUGUACCCAAUUCAAACCCUUUGGGAAUAAAACGUUUUGUUUCAGGAAUUUCCAUACCAUUUAAAUGUGAAUGCCACAUUAUAAUGCAAAUUCAGUGCACAAAGAAUCUUAUCCCCGGGAGAUUUGAAUUGGGUACAACAUUGAGUUAGCCGAAUAGGUCUAUGCCAAAAAUAGCGUUGGUUAGAUCUUUUUUGGGCGUCGCAGGAAAAUCAAGCUGCACCGAAAAUGAUUACGUACUUAUACAAAGUUGUAUGUUUUUUUUCCUACAAGGAAACUUUCAUUCCGUAUUCGGAGAUUUUUUAUUUUGCUGCCCUAAACAAGUUAGUUUAUUAAAUGGAAUGACAGUAUUGUAACAGAAAAUAUACUUUCCAUGUCCGGUUGAUAAAAUGGUGAACACAUCCUUUCGACUCAACGCAGCGAACAAAGCUUUCUUUUGUUGCUCAGUGAGACUCAGGAAAGCGCUCAUUAAGUACCGAGGUCAAAAUUUCUUCGAAUAUUCUUUCAGGAACAACAUUCAUGGCGUGCCUCUACGUGCCUUGGUCCCGUGCAGCAUACAAACAAUUUUCUUCCCUAGUAGAGAGAGGCAAAAUGAGGUGUGAAAAUCCUCAGCGUCCCCUUGGUAGUUACAAUUAAACGAGCCAAUCAAAUUGGUUUGCGCGUUUGAAAAACUAUCAACCAAUCAACGCCCGAGGGUCAGAUCCUGACCCUGUCGUCAGCAUGAAAGUGAGAUUCGAGGCCAAGGUAACCAGAGGUUUUUCUCUCUCUCCUCGUCGCUUUCGCGACUCGUUGUCGCCGCUUCGCGGCUUGCUCUUGAUCUCUGUCGCAAAGAAAAAUCAAGAAAAACUCUGGGACCAGGGUAGUUAAACAGAUCACCCCUCGAAAAAUCGUUCUGUUAUUGUAAAACGUUAUUUGGCAUAUCUAAUGGUUUUUAAACUAUUUUAUAGUCAACAGAAAGCUUUUAAUUAGAGGGCAAUUUCGAAUUUAUGAUUAUUUUACCAUUAUUUCAGGCUUAGCUGGUACAAUUAUCUGCAAGCUUCACGUAUUUCUGAACGGCUGCACGCUUAAUGCAGCCAUUCUCACCCUCGCUGUGAUAGCAGCAGAUAGAUUCAUCGCCAUAUUUUUUCCUCUGAGAAGGGCAAUCAACUCUCGGAAAGCAAUUUGGUUAAUCGCUGCAACAUGGUUUGUCCCAGCUCUUCCAGGUACCAUCUUACUGUAUGUGAAUAGAAUCUAUGAGUUCCGUGGCAGUUGGUACUGUCUUGAAUUCUGGGAGCCAGAUAUUCCAAUAAUCUACAAUACCGUAUACUCCGCUGCAGAUUUCAUAUUGUUUUACGCCCUUCCUUUGUUAGAAAUAAUCGUCUUUUACAGCGCUAUAAUCUACAAGAUAUGGAUGCGCAAAAUCCCGGGGCAAACGACGACAGCCAACCAACAGCUCCAAAUGAAAGCAAAAAAGAACGUGUUUAAGAUGCUCCUCGUAACAGUUCUAACAUUCGCAUUGCUGUGGCUUCCUUCCAGAUUGUUCAUGCUGAUUUCUAUGUUCGACAGUCUGCCUUGCUUCCGAACUCCAACUCUUCGCUUUAUGGGGAACUUCCUCGUCUACUUGAACUGCGCUAUAAACCCGUUUAUUUAUAUCAUGUUCAGUCAAGAUUAUCGAAAGGCUUCCAAGGCAUUAUUUGACUGCGUGCCGUGUCGGAAGGUCGAUAUUUCCUGUCUACACAGCCAAUCCAUGGACAUCACCGAGUUAACCAACAGUGGUCGCCAAAGUGGCCCGGGAAUGGGGAGUUCCAAGAGAAUAGAAAACAUAUAA